GACACCUGUCUACGUCUUCUGUAGUAUUUGCCAGAAUGGGAAACAGUCGCUGGGCUUGUGUGAGAUAGCCAAUCAAGAGCCCACGCCAGACAACGACGUCAAAUUUGUGGAAUAGUUUUGGACGCGUCUUGACCAAUAGUCUUAGCAGUUCGAUCACGUGUGCUAACAAAGACCCACUGCCUCGGUUGACUGAUAGCUAGUGCCUAUGACACAUAACUCAUGGAACGUUCAACUGUGUACAUCUCCAUUUGUAGUGUAUGUUGCGUUAGCGCAUAAACACGUCCACCGUUGGCAUUCGUUCUCAACAUCACCAUCCGCCAUGUUGAAUUCGACAGUGUUGCAAAAUCAAUCUUCACGGAGGAUCGCGCUUUGCGUUGGAUGUGGAGCUCAGAUCAACGAUAAAUUUCUACUGCGUGUCUCGCCGGACCUCGAGUGGCAUACCACUUGUUUGAAAUGCUCUGAAUGCAGCGUUGCUCUGGACGAGACUUGUACGUGCUUCGUUCGCGAUGGCAAGACCUAUUGCAAGCGGGAUUACUACAGGUUGUUUGGCAAGAAAUGCGCUAAAUGCAACCAAGGUUUCAACAAGAAAGACUACGUUAUGCGCGUUAAGAACAAGAUAUUCCACGUGGAGUGUUUCAGAUGCGUUGCCUGUACUAAACAACUUCUACGCGGCGACGAGUUUGCGCUACGUGAGGAUGGAUUAUUUUGUAAAGAAGAUCAUAUUAUCCUUGAGAAUGCUAGAGAGUCAUACACGACGGAACAACAUUGCGCCGUUACACUAAAUACAGGUCGGCCAACGUAUCAGGUGCGUCACUCGGUGCAACACGGUAAAAAGGUAGAGAAAACAACGAGGGUACGAACUGUUCUCAACGAAAAACAAUUGCAGACACUGCGCACGUGUUACGCUGCUAACCCUCGACCCGACGCCAUGAUGAAGGAACAGCUUGUUGAAAUGACGGGUCUCAGUCCUAGGGUGAUACGAGUUUGGUUUCAAAAUAAACGAUGUAAGGAUAAAAAGAAAUCCAUACAAAUGAAACAGCAAGUCUCAAGGGGAGCUAGUUCGCCUGAAGAUCAGUCGUCCUGUGGUCAUUUGUCUGACGUUGCGUUACAACAAUCCAUGCAAGAAAGAAACAGUCUUUCGCAUGCGCUAGUUACAUCCAGUCCGGACUCGGAUCCAGGCUAUCAACCUUGGAAAGCGCUCAACGACUUUGCGAUGCAAUCAGAAAUUGAAAGGACGCCAUUUGAACAACUCAGCAGAAUCCAAAUGUUAAUACAUUAUUGACAACGACAAGUUGAGGAAUGGUUAAGACGAACAACUGAAGAAUGAAAUCGCCAUGUCGUCGCCAGAAUUGAAUAAAUUUAACGUGAAUUAAUGUUGCAAGAGACAUGUAUCUUAUAUUUAUUUAAAUUAGGUAAACUAAUAAAGUAACUUUUUCUCUGUUCA